GAAUUCUGUUAUUUGAAUGAAAAUGUAGUUCUUUGGAGGGAGUCAUCUCAUAUUAAAACAGGAAAAUAUUAAAUAAUCAAAUAUGGAUGCUGUGUCUGAAAAGACGGAGAGGCUUGGCCUUGAUGAUUUAAACUGCAAUGAUGAAGAAAGUGAAGAAGAUUUCUCUGAUGAUGGGAACUAUUCCAUUGGCAUUGAAGAUGGCGUUCAUUCUUUAAAAUCAAUUACUGGCUCUCAAAGCUCUGCCCCAGGGCCCAAUCAGCAAAAAAAGAAAGAAAAUGCCUAUCAACCCCAUGAAAGUCUCUACAAGAAGUACCUUUCUAGAAUAUGUGUUGAUAAAUAUCAGUGCAGCAAUCUCCCAGAAUCUGCUGUGAAACUCCUACAUGAGGAAGCUAGAAAGAAGGAACUUGCAAAGACGAAGGUGAAGGACAAAGAACAAAGAGCCACAGUGGAACAGGUGUUGGACCCUCGGACUCGAAUUAUCUUGUUCAAGAUGUUGAGCAAAGGAGUGAUAUGCGAAAUUGAGGGUUGUAUAAGUACUGGUAAAGAAGCGAAUGUGUACUAUGCAUUUUCUUCUAAUGGUGUGGAGAGGGCUGUGAAGAUUUAUAAAACCUCCAUUCUCACUUUCAAAGAUAGGGACAAGUAUGUUACGGGUGACCAUCGAUUCCGAAUGGGUUAUUGCCGGAGCAAUCCAAGGAAAAUGGUCCAGACAUGGGCAGAGAAGGAAAUGAGAAAUCUUUGGAGGAUAUAUUCCGCUGGAUUGCCUUGUCCCGAACCCAUCAAGCUCAAAAGUCACGUCUUGGUUAUGAACUUCAUCGGUAAAGAUGGCUGGCCUGCUCCUCUGUUGAAAGAAGUUAAUUUAUCGGAAGAUAAGGCUAGAGAACUCUACCUGGAUUGUGUGAUAAUGAUCAGGAAUUUGUUUCAUAAAUGCAAGCUGAUUCACGCAGAUUUGAGUGAGUAUAAUUUGUUGUAUCACAGUGGUAAGCUUGUAAUGAUCGAUGUUUCGCAGUCGGUGGAACUCGAACAUCCACAUGCUAUUGAAUUCUUGAGGAAGGAUUGCACGAAUAUCACUGAUUUUUUCAAAAAAUGUGGUGUUCCAGUGAUGACUGUUCGAGAGCUUUUUGAAUUCGUUACCGAUCCGAACAUUACCGAUCAGAAUAUGGAUUGUUACCUUGAAAAGGCUCAGGAGAUUGCUGCAAACAGGAGCGAACAGGAAGUUCCCGAAGAAGCUAAAAUUGACGAGGAAGUUUUCAAGCAAGCCUAUAUACCAAAAAGGCUAAAUGAGGUUAUUGAUGUAGAAAAUGACAUCUUUUCAGAAGAUAGGGAAAUACUCUACCAGUCUGUCACAGGAUUGAAACCGAGCCUCGUCGUUGUUCGGGAUUCUGGUGCGAAAACCGAAGAGGAAUCUAACGAAGAUGAAUCGUCUGGUACUGACGAAGGGGAUGAUCAAGAGCAAUCCAAAACUCAUGUGACAGCUGGUAGACCUAGAGAUGAAUCUCCAGACACAAAGAAAGAAAGGAAGAAAGCCCUGAAAGAAGCUCGUCGUGAAAAGCAACAAACAAAAAUUCCUAAGCACGUAAAGAAAAGAAAAGAGAAGUUAGGGCGACAAAGUAAAAAAUGAAACAUUUAAUGUAUCUAAUCUUUGCUAUUUUGGCUACUUUAUAAUCUGGUUUACGAUGGAAUAAAGACCAAAAAAAACUAUUUUUUGUAUUUAAAGUACUGUUGAAUCCUGUUACAACGGCUCUAUCUGAACCUAUCUUGCAUCAUUAUAUCAAAAUGGAUAAUGUAUUAAAUGAGUCUAAUAGUAACCAAAUAGUUAAAAUAUUAUUUUAUAAAAAAAACCUUAUUGAUUAGUUGAAAAAUGAUGGUGUUAAUUUUGUGAAAAUUUGUCUGUACAUUCUAUUUCAUCCGAGUGUUAAUAACUCCUAAUAAAACUUCUGCAGUCAUUUAAAUAAAAAAAAAAUCAUUUGGUAUUAU